AUGGCGCCAAAAUCAUCGAAACUUGUGGACAAUGAUCAAAUUCAGACGGCAAGCCUUCACAAUCCCUUACCAGUCUUCCUCAAGGCCUACGUGUGGCCAUUCACCAUCUUAUGGCCAAUUUUCCUUGCUUUCUACCUGAACGAAGACCUCUACGACGAUUACAUUGAUGGUUCAGAAUGGACAUUCGUUUACACUGCGACGAUCGUCACCCUUCAGUCUUUGACCUGGCUCUCCACAAAAUGGAGUGUCCACCUGAAGACCGCAUUUACCAUGACCAAGGCCACAAAGGUUGAAGACUCUCAAUUGAUUAAAGUCAUCCCCGUGGUCAACUCGGGAGCAUCAGCGAUCUGUAAAUUGGAGAGGGAACCGGACGGAAGAACAUCGUUCCUAUUUCAAAAGAGACGGUUUCUCUAUUCCCCAGAGAAGGGAACAUUCGCGCCAUUAUCUUACGCGCUUGAUGCUGAGAAAAAACCCUUCCUUCGCGAGUUCCAACUGUCGCGGGGUCUCACAUCUGAAGCCGAAAUCGAGACAACCCACAAACAUUAUGGCGAUAAUACCUUUGACAUACCUGUCCCCACAUUCACGGAACUGUGGAAGGAGCACGCUGUUGCACCAUUCUUCAUCUUCCAGGUAUUCUGCGUCGGUCUUUGGUUGCUCGACGAUUACUGGUACUACUCUUUGUUUACCUUGUUCAUGCUGGUGGCUUUCGAAAGUACAGUGGUCUGGCAGAGACAGCGAACAUUGAACGAAUUCCGAGGAAUGAGCAUCAAACCGUACGACAUCUGGGUGUACCGCGUCAACAAGUGGGUCGAGAUCAAGAGUGACAAACUGUUACCUGGCGACCUCGUAUCCGUGGGACGGACUCAAGAAGAUUCCGGAGUUGCCUGUGACAUGAUUCUUAUUGAGGGAACAGCCAUUGUGAAUGAGGCUAUGCUCUCUGGAGAAAGUACCCCGCUCCUCAAAGAGUCAAUCCUUCUUCGUCCCGGAGACGCAACGAUCGAACCGGAGGGUUUGGACAAGAACGCUUUUCUCUGGGGAGGCACGAAAGUCCUUCAGAUCACCCAUCCUGCCGCUAGCGAGGAUGCUCCGGAAACUGUUCCACAGUUGCGGUCCGGUGUCCCUGCGCCGCCUGAUAACGGUGCCAUGGCUGUGGUGCUCAAGACCGGAUUUGAGACGAGCCAAGGUAGUCUCGUGCGAACCAUGAUCUACUCAACGGAGCGUGUCUCUGCCAACAACGCUGAAGCAUUGAUCUUCAUUCUCUUCUUGCUGAUCUUUGCACUUGCCGCCUCGUGGUACGUGUGGCAAGAAGGUGUCAAAAACAACAGAAAACGGUCCAAGCUCCUCCUCGACUGCAUUCUAAUUGUGACAAGUGUCGUACCGCCAGAGUUGCCUAUGGAGUUAUCCCUGGCGGUCAAUACUAGUCUGGCAGCGCUCAGCAAGUUUGCCAUCUUCUGUACAGAACCCUUCCGGAUCCCGUUCGCCGGACGCGUGGAUAUCGCCUGUUUCGACAAGACUGGGACGUUGACCGGCGAAGAUCUUGUUGUUGACGGUAUUGCCGGUCUGAGCUUGGGGAAGAAGAGUGCCCAAACAGAACCAGACGGUGCGCAGUCAGCAAUUACCAAAGUCCCGGACUGUGGCAUUCAUACCACAUUAGUUUUGGCGACCGCUCACGCCUUGGUCAAACUUGAAGAAGGAGACAUCGUUGGCGAUCCCAUGGAGAAGGCCACGCUAAAUGCUCUGAACUGGACUCUUGGCCACAAUGACACUUUGACCAGCACUCCUCCACCCAAAUCGAAGAAAGCAAAGCCAUUCUCGACAGCCGGUGCCUCGCAAGUAGUCCAAAUCAAACGUCGUUUUCAAUUCUCGUCCGCUCUCAAGCGGAUGAGUUCGGUGGCUACGGUGCUGAUGACCGACCCCAAUUCUGGACGGAAGGCGAAGGGAACCUUUGUUGGUGUCAAAGGCGCUCCGGAAACCAUCCAGAAGAUGUUGGUUGAGACCCCGUCCAAAUAUGAGGAGACUUUCAAAUACUUCACACGGAAUGGUGCUCGGGUUCUGUCUCUCGGCUACAAAUACCUUUCGACUGAGGCUGAGAUCGGCCAGAAACGCAUCAACGAUCUCAAACGCGAAGAGGUCGAGUGUGAUCUGCAUUUUGCGGGUUUCUUGGUGCUCCAGACUCCUCUAAAGGAAGAUGCGGUCAGGGCAAUCCAGAUGCUGAACGAAAGCAGCCACCGUGUGGUAAUGAUCACUGGAGACAACCCGCUUACUGCCGUUCAUGUUGCCAGAGAAGUCGAGAUCGUCGACCGAGACUGUUUGAUUCUGGAUGCUCCAGAGCACGAUGAUUCAGGUACCAAACUUGUUUGGCGCAGUGUUGAUGAGAAAACUAUCAUUCCUGUCGAUCCUACAGCAGAUCUGGAUCCGAAGAUUCUGGAAACCAAGGACCUGUGCGUUACUGGCUAUGCUCUUGCCAAAUUCAGUGGGCAGAAAGCAUUUAUGUCGUUGCUGAGGCAUACCUGGGUUUAUGCCCGAGUGUCGCCGAAGCAGAAGGAAGAAAUCCUGAUCGGACUCAAAGAUCAAGGCUACACCACUUUAAUGUGUGGUGAUGGAACAAAUGACGUGGGUGCGCUGAAGCAAGCUCACAUUGGGGUUGCUCUGCUCAAUGGCUCUCAAGAAGCCCUCAACAAAAUCGGCGAACAUUUCCGAACUACCAAAAUGAAGGAAAUUUAUGAAAAGCAAGUGCAGCUGAUGCAAAGAUUCAAUCAACCACCGCCGCCAGUGCCACCAGGGAUUGCGCAUCUUUAUCCACCUGGUCCUCGCAACCCCCAUCAUGAGAAGGCGAUUAAGAGGAUUGCCGAGCAGAAAGGUAUCAAUCUGGAGAAUGGCGACGCGGAGAAUGGCACCGUCGAAACCAUCACCUCACCUGGCGCGCAAGCGAUCCAACAGUCGCACGCCAAUUUGACACCUCAACAACGACGCCAGCAAGAGGCGCAACAGAAAGCAGCAAGCUGGGCGGACAAGUUUACCUCUAGCAUGAUGGAAAAUGAACUCGACGACGGCGAGCCACCCACGAUCAAAUUGGGAGACGCCUCCGUCGCCGCUCCGUUUACGAGCAAGCUGGCAAACGUUAUAGCGAUCCCCAACAUUAUCCGGCAGGGACGAUGCACGCUUGUGGCGACCAUUCAGAUGUACAAGAUUCUAGCUCUUAACUGUUUGAUCAGCGCAUACAGUUUGUCGGUCAUCUAUCUGGCAGGCAUCAAGUUUGGCGAUGGUCAGGUGACAAUCAGCGGGAUGUUGAUGUCGGUUUGCUUUCUUUCCAUCUCUCGGGCCAAACCCGUGGAAGCUUUGUCGCGAGAACGACCUCAGCCGAACAUCUUGAAUGCGUAUAUCCUCGGAUCAGUGCUGGGACAAUUUGCAAUCCACUGCGCAACACUCAUCUAUCUUUCAAACGUGGUCUACUCGAUCGUCCCGCCGGCUGAGGAGAUCGACCUAGAGGGCGAGUUCGAGCCUUCGCUACUCAACAGUGCCGUCUAUCUCAUGCAACUCAUCCAACAGGUGUCCACCUUUGCAAUCAACUACCAAGGGCGCCCAUUCCGAGAAAGCAUCCGGGAGAACCGAGGUAUGUACUGGGGACUCCUGGCGUGUUCGUUUGUGGCGUUUGCGGGAAGCACCGAGUUCUUGCCAGAGCUCAAUGAGAAGUUACGCCUGGUGCCGUUCACAAGCGAGUUCAAGUGGUCACUGACAACACUGAUGAUCGCCGACUUUGUGGGAUGUUGGAUUGUGGAACAAAUCUUCAAGUACUUGUUUAGCGAUUUCCGACCCAAGGAUAUUGCCAUCAAGAGACCCGAUCAGGUUGAACGGGACGAAAAGCGCAAGAAGGAACUCGCGGACAAGGCUGAGCAGGAGAGGAUCGAGGAGAUUGAGAGGAAGCGCGGUGUGGCCAACAACACGGGCCCACCAGCGACAGCCAAGGUGCGCAAAUAG